AUGAACUGGUUGUUGACGCUUGUGUUUGUCCAUUUGGCCCUGGCGCUCCACUUCUACUUGAACACCGGCGAGUCCCGGUGCUUCUACGAGGAGCUCCAGGCCGACACCUUGCUUGUUGGCCGCAUUGAGGCCACCGAGCGCGUCGACGGCACCAACGACUACCGCCACAACGGCAACUUGAAGGUCAAGGUCACCGUCGACGAAACUUUUGACAAUGACCACCGGGUGUUGGACCAGAAGCUGUCGUCUUCCGGUGAGUUCACUUUCACCACCCAGGACCUGGGGGAACACCUGAUCUGUAUCACCCCUGAAUACACUGACGGCACCAACAACAAGCGCCACAAGGUGUUCUUUGACUUGGCGCAAGGGUCGGCGCACGACUUUGUCGACUCCAAGGGGACGAAGAAGGUCGACGACUUGACCACGCGUAUCAAGGCGCUCAACCAGAAGUUGACCGAGAUCCACAACGAACAAGAAAACUUGCGCAUCCGCGAGGCCACCUUCCGCGACCAGUCGGAGCUGACCAACGCCCGGGUGGUGAAGUGGUCGAUCAUCCAGUUGAUUGUGUUGGUCGGCACCUGUGUCUACCAGUUGAGACACUUGAAGUCGUUCUUCGUCAAGCAAAAGAUCGUAUAG